AUGUUAGUGAAAAGUUCAAUGCUAUCACAAUUCACAAAUGAUCAUCAACAACAACAACAACAACAAACACCAACAUCCCCGUCUUUACAACGGAACAGUAGCAGAAUACAAACUAAGUCAACAGCUUUCAAUAACAACGCGAACUACGAUGGAAUAGAACAAGAUUCACCAAUAAGUAACAUUUACAAACCGAAUACAUUACCAACCUCGAAAUUCAAAGCAAGCUCUAUUACGAUUGCUGACCAACAAGAUAUAACAAAUAUGCUUUACAGUUAUUAUAAGGAACUAGCGAAUAGCCCUAAUAUAGAUGAAAACGAACAACAUGAUCAGACAAUUGUAGAUAAGUAUAACAAAAUUAUGAAUACCUUAUCCCAACCAUUAGAUAUCAAGGUCGAAAAAGUAACAUCAUCAGAAAUAACAAAAAUUAUUAAAAAAUUGAAAAAUGAAAAAUCAUUGGGUUAUGAUCAGAUAUCUAACUAUAUAAUAAAACUAUUACCGCCAGCAUAUAUAGAUUGCUUAGUUAGAUGUUUCAAUGUUUGGCUAAGCGAAGGUCGGUACCCGGAUUUCUGGAAAUUAGCAAAGAUAGUUACAUUGAACAAACUUAAUGCCGGUGUGCCUCGUUCCGACCAAACCCGACCAAUCUCGCUUUUGGCAACACACUCAAAGGUAUUUGAAAAAGCACUUCUAGAAAGAGUAAGCAAUUGGACUGAAGGAGCUCAGCUCGUCCCAAUUGAACAAUCAGAUUUCAGACAGGGAGGUCUGAUAGCAACCAGAGUUCUCUCAAUUUGUCAAGAAAUCCAAAAUAAUCUAGCAGCAAACAUGCCAACGCUUGUCCUGUAUGUAGACUACCGUAAAGCGCAUGAUAUGGUAUGGCACGCUGUCCUAUUGGUGAAACUGCACAAUCUAGGCAUGCCCAUAGCACUAUUGAGAAUGACGGCUUCUUGGUUAGGACAUCGACAAGCUUACAUCUCAUUUGGAGGCAAAGUAUCCGAAAAGCACAAGAUUAAUAUUGGACUACCACAAGGAAGUAGUCUAAGUCCAUUCCUUUUCAUAGUCUAUCACUGUGAUCUAAUACAAUAUCUCGGUGCUCAUUCAGGGCACUUGUUUGCUGACGACCUCAGUGUACUAAUCACAGCACCGAUUACGAAAUCUCUAGCCACAGUCAAAAGCGAUCUGGAAAAAGAGGGCACAGAAGAUUUAUGUGGACGAGCAAAAUGUCAUUGA